AUUGACAGCAUGGCAAACUUCCGAAAUGGACGAGAUGGGCGGUCAGAAGAAAUGCUGGACAACGAAAACCAGCACAGAGUGGAUGGCUUGUCUGGAAAAGUGUCCAGGUUAAAAGAGAUAGCAUUUGACAUAGAACUGGAGGCCAAAGAUCAGAACAGAUACAUAGACGAUGUUCAUGGCGAGUUUGAUUCUUCACACGGUCUUUUGUCUGGAAGUGUUGGUCGCCUAUCAAACAUGCUCGGUACUGGAAGGAACAAUCGCAGACUUAUGUGUUACAUUAUUGUUGGCUUUGUCGGACUUUUCUUCGUUGCUUAUUUUGUGGCAUCACGAGUGACGGCAUGAGGAUACGAGUCUCAGUCGGAUAUUGUACAUACCAUUGUAUUUAUGAUCACACCAUGAAAGCUGCUUGUAUUAUUCUAUGCGAAGAUAAACUUGGGCUUCCAGAGUUCUGUACACGUAACGCCAUUUACAGAAGACUUGGUCUGUUUUCUGUUCUGGUAUAGGCAUUAUGUAAAGUGAAUUGCGGGGUUCCAUGCUAAGCCUUGAGCCAGUCAUAUGUGUGCACAGAUAAAUUUCCAUGGGAAAAAAGUUUUGUACAUGGGCUAACAGUCAGGGGAAUCUGCGCUCAGUUGUUCAAAAGACAACUACUAGAACAAUACUGGUAUUGAGGUUUAAGCCUUACUUAAUUUUCAACAUACACUUUUUGACAUUCGGUCCAUGGUUUGUAAAUACUGAUGGAAAUGAUGAACGGGUCAUGUCUACAUGACAAAUUUUGGGUAGCGCGUUAUGUAGAAACUCUCUAAUCUCAGUUCUUUGUGACAUGGCCUCAUCUUUCGCAUUGCCGUCAUUAUUUCUUAUGGUAUAUAUCAGAAUAAAGAUGGUUUUAUAUCGUACUUUUGAUUAUAACACCUUCAUUUCUGCUGUAGUUAUAAUGGUCGAACUUGGAUUAAGUCGCUGGAAAUUUAGAAUUUUAGCGAAAGCGUUAAAAUGAAUGAAAUUUGCCAAAUUUUUACAGGCACAUGUUUUAUACUAGUACCUGUAUCACUCGUGCUACAGUAACGUAGAGAGAGCAGUCGUUUCCAUUGAAACCAACAGGAAACAAUUUAUCGAUACCGCUUAUUAAUUUAUCGAUAUCGACAAAUAAAUUAUAGACAUCAAUAAAUGAUUCAUCGAUAUCGAUAAAUGAAUUAGCGAUGUUGAUAAAUCGCUUCCAUGUACUGAUAUACAUCAAAAGGAAAUAUAUAUGAUAUAUAGGAUUUGUCAAUAUCGAUAAAUGAAUCAACGAUUUCAAUCAUUAGAUAUUACUCAUUUUUGAAUAAAUGUUAAUUUGGUCCACCAUACAUCAUUGGCAAAGGGAACUUUUUAUUCUUUUCAGGCUUCGUGUCUGUAACUUAAUCCUAACUCGGGUAGAGCAUGAAGACUUCAUGGUCAUCCGUACGAAGUGUGAACGUAUGAUGAGAUAAUAUAACGUAUCGGUGUGUUCCCUAAUGACAAUCCAUGCAGCUGUGGAGCGGUCGGGAAAUUG